GAUUCACCAAACGAAUCAGCUCUCCCCACCCAGAGUCUUUGGGUGACUCUAGUGAUCAGGGUUACAGCGAGAAAUCCUUCCUAGCUCAGCGGUCAUCAUGUCGAUGACCUCCUGCUACCAGCAUAAGUUGACUGAGAAGCUCACCAUUCUAAAUGACCGUGGGCGAGGGGUUCUCAUUCGAAUUUAUAACAUCAAGAAGACUUGUUCAGAUCCUAAAUCCAAGCCACCUUUUCUCCUGGAAAAGUCCAUGGAAUCAUCUGUCAAAUACAUCAGCAAGAAAUUCCCCAACAUAGAUGUCCGAAGUAGCACGCAACACCUAGGACCUGUUCACCGGGAUAAAGCAGAGAUUGUCAGAUUCCUCACCAGCUAUUACCAGUCAUUUGUGGAUGUCAUGGAAUUUCGGGAUCAUGUAUACGAGCUCCUCAACACCAUUGAUGCUUGCCAGUGCCAUUUCGACAUUAACCUCAACUUUGACUUCACCAGGAGCUACCUGGAUCUGAUUGUGACCUACACCUCAGUGAUCUUGCUGCUGUCACGGAUUGAGGACCGGAGGGUUCUCAUUGGCAUGUAUAACUGUGCCUUUGAGAUGACGCAGGGGCACAGUGACCCUAGCUUUGCUCGUCUGGGCCAGAUGGUUUUGGAAUAUGAUCAUCCCCUGAAGAAACUGACAGAGGAGUUUGGCCCCCACACAAAGGCUGUGAGUGGGGCCCUCCUCUCCCUGUACUUCCUCUUUACUCGAAGGAACCAGGGUGCUGAGCAGUGGCGGAGUGCCCAGCUUCUGAGCCUCAUUAGUGCCCCCCCAACCAUGAUCAACCCUGCCAGCUCAGACACGAUGGCUUGUGAAUAUCUCUCCUUGGAGGUGAUGGAACGUUGGAUCCUUAUAGGGUUCCUCUUGUGCCAUGGGUGCCUUAAUGCCAACCCCCAAUGCCAGAAACUGUGGAAGCUGGGCCUUCAGGGCUCCUUGUACAUCACCCUCAUCCGAGAGGAAGUACUUCAGGUGCACAAGGUCACUGAAGACCUGUUUGGCAGUUUGAAAGGGUAUGGCAAACGAGUGACAGAUAUAAAGGAAAGCAAAGAGUAUGUGGUGAAUAACAGUGGCCAAUUUCAUUGCCAGCGCCGACAGUUUUUGAGGAUUGCAGUGAAGGAGCUGGAGACUGUGUUAAUGGAUGAACCAGGACUCCUGGGCCCCAAGGCCCUCUUGGCCUUCUUGGCUCUAUCCUUUAUCCGGGAUGAGGUCAACUGGUUGAUUCGCCACGCAGAAAAUGUCACCAAGACGAAGACCCCGGAAGACUAUGCUGACCCGCAUAUUGCAGAACUGCUUUUCUUGCUGGAGAAAGUGAGAGGUCUGAUCCAGAGGCAUAUCAAAGUCAUCCAGUGCUAUCACCUGCAGUACCUUGCCAGGUUUGAUGCUCUUGUGCUCAGUGACAUCAUCCAGAACUUGUCAGUCUGCCCAGAAGAGGAAUCCAUCAUCAUGUCCUCCUUUGUCAGCACUCUCUCCUCUCUUAACCUCAAACAAGUUGAUUCUGGAGAAAAGUUUGAUUUUUCUGGACUGAGGUUGGACUGGUUCCGACUACAGGCAUACACCAGUGUGAACAAGGCCCCCCUGCACCUGUAUGAGAACCCUGACUUGGCCAAAGUGAUGAACCUCAUAGUUUUCCACUCUCGAAUGCUGGACUCGGUGGAGGAGAUACUGAUGGAGACCUCUGAUCUCUCCAUCUUUUGCUUUCAUCUCCGUACCUUUGAGAAGAUGUUUGCUUUGACCCUGGAGGAGCCUACCAUGUUGCGCUAUGCCAUUGCCUUCCCCUUGAUCUGUGCCCAUUUUGCCAAUUGUACCCACGAGAUGUGUCCAGAGGAGUAUCCCCACUUGAAAAACCAUGCCCUUCACUACUGCAAUUCCUUCCUGGAAGAUCUGGCUAAGCAAACAAGCAACUGUGUCCUGGAUAUCUGUGCUGAGCAGCGAAAUCUGAGUGAGCAGCUACUGCCUAAGCACUGUGCUGCCACCAUCAGCAAAGCCAAGAACAAGAAGACCAGGAAACAUAAGCAGACCCCUAAAAAAGGGGAACCUGAGAGGGACAAGCCAGGGGCUGAGAGUCAUCGAAAGAACCGAAGUGUUGUUACAAACAUGGAUAAGUUACACUUGACCUUGACGGAGCUGGCUCUGACCAUGAACCAUGUGCACAGUUUCUUUGUGUUUGAGCACACUAUCUUCCCUUCUGAGUAUCUCAGCACCCAUCUGGAAGAACGGCUCAACAGAGCCAUGGUGUGGCUGGCUGGCUACAAUGCCACGACCCAGGAGAUUGCAAGGCCCUCUGAAGUCCUGGCAGGGGUCAAGGCAUACAUUGGCUUCAUCCAGUCACUGACCCAGUUCCUGGGUGCGGAUGCUUCUCGGGUUAUCCGGAAUGCCCUUCUGCAGCAGACACAGCCGUUAGACUCCUCUGGGGAGCAGACCAUUACCACUCUCUAUACCAACUGGUACCUGGAGAGCCUCCUGAGACAAGCCAGCAGUGGGACCAUCGUUCUUUCCCCAGCCAUGCAGGCCUUUGUCAGUAUCCCCAGGGAGGGGGAGCAGAGCUUCAGUGCUGAAGAAUUCUCUGACGUUUCUGAGAUGCGGGCUUUGGCUGAGCUCCUGGGACCCUAUGGCAUGAAGUUUCUAAGUGAGAACCUGAUGUGGCACGUAACUUCCCAGAUUGUGGAGCUGAAGAAGCUGGUGGUGGAAAACAUGGACGUGCUUGUACAGAUUAGAUCCAAUUUCAGCAAGCCAGAGCUCAUGGCCUCUCUGAUGCCCCAGCUGACUGGAGCAGAGAAUGUGUUGAAAAGAAUGACCAUAAUUGGCGUCAUCCUCAGCUUUAGGGCCAUGGCCCAAGAGGGCCUCCGAGAGGUUUUCUCUUCCCACUGCCCAUUCCUCAUGGGCCCUAUUGAGUGCCUGAAGGAUUUUGUCACUCCAGAUACAGAUAUAAAGGUGACCAUGAGUGUCUUUGAGCUGGCCUCUGCUGCAGGUGUGUGCUGUGACAUUGACCCAACCUUGGUGGCCGCCAUUGCUAACCUGAAAGCUGACACCUCAUCUCCUGAGGAGGAGUACAAAGUAGCCUGCUUACUCUUGAUCUUCCUUGCGGUUUCAAUCCCUCUCCUUGCCACAGACCCCUCUUCUUUCUACAGCAUAGAGAAGGAUGGCUAUAACAACAACAUCCACUGCCUGACCAAAGCCAUCAUCCAGGUGUCUGCCGCCCUGUUUACUAUUCACAACAAGAACAUUGAGACUCACCUCAAGGAGUUUCUGGUGGUGGCCUCUGUCAGUCUUCUCCAGCUGGGACAGGAGAUGGAUAAACUGAAAUCCAAGAACCGUGAAUCUAUUUCUUUGCUUAUGCGCUUGGUGGUGGAGGAGUCCUCUUUCCUUACCCUGGACAUGCUGGAGUCCUGCUUCCCCUACGUUUUGCUCCGAAAUGCCUACCGAGAGGUUUCCCGUGCCUUCUAUCUGAGCCGAGUGCCUGCCAAUGCCCACUGAUGGGACUGUUGGACCUACCUCCCACCCAUGGCAUAAUGGAGAUUGGCAUUGCAGAGGCCAAACGACUGUUAUUUCCAUGCUGGGUCUGCCUACAGAGACACAGAAGGGACUGGUGGGAGAGAAAGGAAUGGGGAAGAGGGAGGGUCAGUGUGAGGUGAUGGGUAAGAAUUGCUGGAAACGGGUGGUUUUAGAGCAGAAGGGGAGGGUAACAGGAAAACUUAGGGUCUGGGGGUUCCCCUGUUGUGAAAUUUACAUGUGUGAUAUACAGAUGAGAUGCAAAUCCACAGGCAAAUGAGCUUCUCUUUCUUCUGGAGAGAGCCUUGACUGGUGUCUGGUCCGUCCACCCUUCAUCCCCACUGUUUAUUGCUAUUCCAGUAUGAUGCUAGCUCGACAGAGGUGAUCAAUCAUCAUAUAAACCAUAAUGAUUUCAUAAUCCUC